AUGAACCCAUCUUCUGCCAAUAGUGGCAGUUUGGGUUUAAACACCAUUGUUUCAACGCUCGUAUCCAAUUCGACAACUCGGCCAUCAUCAACUACGAUUGUUUCGAAUAUAUCAAACGCUUCAUCACCUGUCAAUCUCUUUGCUAAUUUAACAGGAAAUCUUUUCUCUUCGAAUACCAAUAACAUCGCUUCGUCUACGAACACGAACACAGCCGCCAAUCAAGGGCAAUUAACUUCAUCACGCCUUAAAGUGGAGGAUGCACUCAACUAUCUCGAUAAGGUGAAAAACCAAUUUGCGCUUAAGCCGCAAGUCUACAAUCAAUUUCUGGAUAUUAUGAAAGAGUUCAAAUCACAAAGUAUUGAUACACAAGAAGUCAUCAAUCGUGUUUCGACACUCUUUCACGGUCAUCCAGAUUUGAUUGUUGGUUUUAACACCUUCUUACCUCCUGGUUAUAAGAUUGAAGUCAGUGAAGAACAUCAUGGUUACAUUCAAGUCACUCAUCCAUCUUCGCGAAUAGAGUCAAUUGCAAUUGGAGGUCAUCCAAGUACGACUUAUAAUCUUUCCAUAACAACACCAACGACAACUUACCGACAAACAGCAAAUCUACUUAGUCAAGACAAUGAAGAACCAGAACUUACUCAGCAACAACAACACACAGCGAAUAAUGCAACAUCACAAGCUGUGAAUGCCUUAAUAUCAGCUGCUACUGCUACACCUCAAGUGCCCUACUACGGUACGACGGGUGGUUUGAAUCUAUCGACAAAGACAAAUAAACAGUCAGCAACAAAUGUAAAUACAUCCACACAAGCAUCAAACGUCGAAAAAAGUUCAAGUGGACAACCGGUCGAAUUCAAUCAUGCAAUCAAUUACGUCAAUAAGAUCAAAAAUCGGUUUCAUCAGAGUCCAAAUAUUUACAAAACAUUCCUUGAAAUUCUUCAUACAUAUCAAAAACAACAGAAAGAUGCCAAGGAAAUUCCGUCUGGCACUCUAGCUACAAACACUUCACUAUUAUCGGCGAGACCUACCAAUCAAGCAACACUAUUAUCCGAAACGGAAGUUUAUGCUAAAGUUGCACAAUUGUUUACAAAUCACGAAGAUCUUCUUGCUGAAUUCAGUCAAUUUUUACCCGAUGCUACUCAACAACCGACUGAACGUUCAAAUUCCAUCUCCGACAUACUCUCGUCAUCAGGCAGUUCAACCCCUCCAAAUUUUCCAUCGCAGACAAAUUCAAUGUCAACCACCACGACAACGAACACGAAUCCGAUCGUGGCGAAUCCAACACCACGUUUAAUUAUCAAUAAUCCUGUUUCAUCAUCCAUUACCACAACAUCUACAUCGUCGUCAUUUCUAACCAUCAAUAAUAAUUCGAAUUCCUCCCCGUUAUCGUCAUUGGCAAUGUUAUCGACAGCUCCUUCGUUCACCGUCUUAACAUCAACAACAGUCAAAGAUGAAGUGACGCGUCCAUCGUCGCCCAAACGAACAGCACCCACAGGAGGUACAUCGACUAGUACGAAUAAUAUCCCCGCUAAACGAUCUGCUUCAACAUCAAAAUCACCAGCAACGUCGACUUCUACUGCUUCGUCAACGCCGACCAUGGCGGCGAAGAAGAAACGUUUAACAAUGACAAACAAUGUGCAACCGAUUUCACCCACUAUUCGACAGACAAACACGACUGAAGCUUCAACAAUCUCAAGUCGACGAACAUCGUCGGUUGAUGAUAUUCAUUUCUUCGAGAAAGUACAAAAAACUCUUCGUAGUCCGCUGGUGUUUGAUAAUUUCCUCCGUUGUAUUCUACUCUAUGUGAAACGCAUCAUAUCGCGUCAUGAAUUAUUUGAAUUAAUACAAUCAUAUCUGGGUCACGUACCCGACCUGUUGCGAACAUUUCAAGAUUUGAUCAAUCAACGUGAUCCAAGUGAUAUUAUUAUCCCAAAAAGUAUCUACGAUCAAAACGACACUGACAGUAUGAUUAAUAUCGAUUAUGGUGCAUGCUCUCAAUAUGGCACAAGUUACCGAUCUGUCCCACGUUCGUACGCUCCACCGGCUUGUAGUGGACGCACUCAGUUAUGCAAGGAAGUUCUCAACGAUCAUUGCGUGUUAUUUCCAACAUUUACCGAUGAAUCAUCGGCAGUAGCGUCGAAGAAAAGUAUCUAUGAAGAACAUAUGUAUAAAAUCGAAGACGAACGGUUUGAGCUGGACAUCGUUAUGGAAGUUAAUUUAAGUGCAAUACGUGCAUUGGAAAGUGUGCAGCUACAUAUGAACUCUUUGACACCAGAUCAGUUGAAUCAUUUUCAAUUGGAUGAUCAAUUAGGCGGACAGUCGGCGGUGACACAAAAACAAGCAGUGCAGAGGAUCUAUGGCGAUCGUGCGAAUGAAAUUAUUGAUGGAUUGAAAAGAAAUCCUCGCGUGGCUGUGCCAAUUGUUCUAAAACGAUUGAAAGCAAAGGAUGAUGAAUGGCGUGAAGCGAAGAAAAACUUCGAACGUUUCUGGAAGGAACAAAGUGAAAAAUACUAUUUGAAAUCGUUGGAUUACAUGGGCAUCAAUUGUAAAAAUUCUGAUAUUCGAAUUAUUCGAAAUCGAUUCCUACUGAAUGAAAUUGAGAAUAUCAAAGAAGAACGUGACCAGCAAAUUCCAUCGAAUCCCAAUCAGCCGCACUUAACAUUUCGUUAUGAAGAUUUAUCAAUACUCGACGAUGCAGCAUCACUGAUUGUCUUUCUUGUCAAACGUCAAAUGGGCUUUGCUAAAGAAGAUAAGCAGAAUAUCAAGAAGAUGAUCUAUCAAUUCCUACCUGAUUUUCUCUUCACACCACGAGGAGAACUGAGUGAUGAUGAAGAAGAUGACGAUGAAGAUGAAAGUAAACGUGAUAAAAAAUCUCGACCAGCGCGUCAUACAGACACAAAUCGUCGACGUAACACUGAAUCAGCAACAGCGAAACCUCGCCAACUUGCUCAAGAAUAUCAAAAACCAGAUGAUAUGUUCCAUUUAUUUUUCGUGAAUGAUAACUAUUAUUAUUUCUUUCGUCUUCAUCAAUUGCUGUGUGAACGUUUGUUAAAAAUGUUUCAACAAUCACUACGUUUAAUUGAACAAGAAAAUCGAGAACUAAAUGACAAUAGUAACCAACGCAAUCAACAACCAUCAGUCGCAACUUUACUGCGUUUGUCUAGCCGUCCAAACAUACCUGUAGAUGAUUAUUAUCCAGUGUUUCUUGAUAUGGUACGAAAUUUACUCGAUGGCAACAUGGACAGUUCGUCGUACGAAGAUUCCCUACGUGACAUGUUUGGUAUUCACGCAUACAUCGCAUUUACAAUGGAUAAAAUCAUUCAGAAUUGUGUUCGACAACUUCAUGCGAUUGUGACUGAUGAAUCAUCUGACGCGAUCAUGCGCUUGUAUUCGCGCACAAACGGAACUGUUGGUCUAGUUGAUAAUCUUUAUUUAACAGCGCAGCAAAACUUGGAGGCAGCUUAUCAACGUGAAAUGGAGCCAUAUGCCGACGCAAAUCGAUUAUUUCGCGUUUGUUCGUUCAAGAAUGAUCGUCGAAUAGCAACGACAUUGAUUGUUAUCGAUUCGUCGGAUGAUGAAGAUGACGAAAGAAUAUCCGUUAAUUGGACGCGUUAUGUUGACUCGUAUAUACGUGAUAACGAGGGUGGUCAUGAUGACGCAAUAACGGCACGUAUACGGUCAAAAAUACGGAAAAACCCUCGAUUUUUACUUCGAAAUAUUAAGAAACCUGCUGAUAUGUCUGAUCGCUCAUUGACAGAAGUAAAGACAAAAAACAAUGAUUAUUGUCGACUUGAUACAAAAACUCUCAAACGCAAACCGUAUCAUCGUGCUGAUUUGUACUUUCAUAAGCCAAACUCAUUAAGUUCUACCCGACGAAAUCACAAACGGUUGUCUGUGGAGCAAUACAAUCGCUUUUCAAAAUACUAUCAAGAAUGGUCAGUAAGACAUGUUUCCAGCGAUGGCACUGAUCCAUUUCAGACUCUCUGGCUCAACACCCAUCGAACAACGAGCGGAGAGCAACAGAAUCUUGAUGUUCAAUCGACAAUUUCUAAUGAUAUUAAUAAUCUCACUCAGCCACCGUAUCGUCAUUAUCGACAAUAUCGUCCUGUGAAUACAUAA